AUGCUGGCGCUGCUGCCGGCGCAGGCGCGCGUCGCCGACGCCCUGGCGCGGCUGCGCGCGCAGGCCGCCGCCGCCGCGGACCGGCGGCUGCGGCGCACGGAGGCCGCCCUCGGCGCCCUCGCGGCGGUGAAGCUGCAGCGGUGGGAGGAGCUGUGCGAGGGGGAGGUGGCCGGCGCCCGCCGUUCCGAGAUGUCCGCCCUGAGGCGCGAGGCGGCCGUCAAGGCGCUCAACGUGCUAAUGGUGACGAUGGCGCCCACCACGGUGUCGCUGGCCACCUUCACGGUGCUGGCCCUGUCGGGCGGGGCGCUGGAGGCCCCCUCCGUCUUCGCCGCGCUCACGCUCUUCAACGCGAUGCGCUCGCCCCUCUCCGCGCUGCCCGACAUGUUCUCGUCCUUGGCCCACGCGCGCGUGUCGGUCAGCAGGGUCCAGCGCGUCCUGCGGGAGGACCAGGCCCUCCGGGGCGUGGACGGCUGGGGGCCCAGCCCGCCGCCGCACGCGCGCCACCCGUCCAGGCUCUGGUGCAGGGAGCCCGCGGAGCUGCUGCAGCCCUCCAGCCUGGUCGCGGGCGCGUGCGCCGAGUGGGACGACGAGCCGCUGGGCCUCCCAGGCCGCCUCCCCGAGUGGCCCAUCGUCCAGCUGCACCGCGCCAGCUUCAGCUGGCGGCGGCCCGGCGCCGAGGCCGCGCUCGCCGCCGACGCCUCGCCUGGCGGGGACGCCUCGCCGGGCGGGCCGGGCACCGCGCGGGCGGAGGGCCUGCUGUGCGGCGGGAUGUGGCGCGUCUCUCGCUGGGAGUCGAGCCCGACCUCGCCCACCACGCCCGUGCCCGCGCUCUCGAGUCCGACCACGCCGGUGCCCCUGCCGCCCCGCGUCGCCGCGGAGAGGCGGGGCGGCGCGUCGCAGGACGCGGUGCGGGACGUGAGCGUGCAGCUGCGGCGCGGGCAGUCCCUGGCGGUGCUGGGAGGCUCGGGGUCGGGCAAGAGCACCCUGCUGGCGGCGCUGCUGGGGGAGGUCUACCUCACCAGGGGCGACAUGUGCGUCGCCGGGCGCGUCCCGCACAGGCCCCCCAGCAUCGGCUACUGCAGCCAGCGCGCCUACCUUACCCGCGGGACCCUGCGUGACAACGUCUUGUUCGGGCGCCCACUGGACCCCGCCAGGCUGGAGUUGGCCCUGGACACGUGCGCCCUGGGGGCGGACAUCUGCAGGUGGCCGCAGGGCGAGCAGACCGAGCUGGGCAGCCGGGGCGUCGCAGUCUCGGGCGGCCAGCAGGCCAGGAUCGCCAUCGCGCGUGCCGUGUACGGCGAGCCCGACCUGUGCCUGUUCGAUGAGCCGCUGGCGAGCCUGGACCCGCAGACCUGCCAGCACGUGUGGCGGCGCGCCGUUCGCGGCGCGCUGCGGAGGAGCGCCGUGGUCUUCUCGACCACCUCGGCGGACCUGGCGCUCCAGGCCGACCUCCUGGUGCUGCUGGAAGGUGGCGUGGUGGCACAGUGCGGCCCCCCCGCACAGCUCGCUACCGCCAACGGCCCCUUCGCAGAGCUCUUGGCCGAGGCGGGCUCCGCCGUUGCCACGGAACGGGCCACCAGCGUCCCCGAGGGGUCUGCGCCGCGUCCCCAGCCCCAGGACUGCAGCGACGCGCCGAGAGCGGUGCCGGCCGUCGUGCGGCAGCCCCCCUGCGCCGGCAAGGCGGCGCACGCGGGCGCCCUGCGGGCGGUGCCGCCGCCAGUCCCCCAGGGGGCGCUGCCGGCAGCUGCCGCGAAGGAGUUGGAGGCGGCUUGGGGCGCGGGGGGGUCCUGCAUCUCAGACACCGCGGAGCGGGUCUACUUGAGCUAUGCGCUGCAGUUCGGCGCUCGCGGGCUGUGCUUCGGCGUGGCGGUGGCGACUU